AUGGGGACUGCUCAAGGACUUUUUUAUCUUCAUGAAGAUUCGGGACUGAGAGUGGUACACGGAGAUCUCAAAUUAAGCAAUAUUUUGCUCGACGUAAAGAUGAACGCUAAAAUCUCUGGAUUUGCGUUGGCUAGGUCUAGGACGACCUAUGGCAAUAUGAGUACUUCAGAAUCCUAUGUGCAGAUGAAAUCAGAUGUAUACAGAUUUGGAGUCAUAGUCCUGGCGAUGGUGAGUGGCAGGAGACUAACAACGGAUUUGGAUAUUACGUCCCUUGUUGACAAUACAUGGGAGUUGUGGUAUAAAGGGUUAGAAUUAGCGGUCGUGGACAAAUCCAUUAUCGGAACACGUGGUGUGGAUAACGAGGAGCGGAGAUGCAUUCGAGUUGGUCUCUUAUGCACCCUAAAGAAUCUAGAUGACAGACCAGCCAUGAGUUUGGUGCUCAAAAUUUUGGAAGAGGAAGUAGUGUCUCUUCAAACAAAUGACGAUGACCUAGCAAGCAGCAGUUCCGAUAACGAAAAUGAUACUGAGGGUAAUACAGUUACACUUGAACUUGACGAUGACGUCGCAAUAUUGUAA